AUGAGGGAAUUGUUAAAAAAGGCCUUAAAUAAAAUUGAAGAAGAAGAAUUGGAUGAAUUAGGAGAAAUGGGAGCAAUUCAAGCCUUUGAAGUCAGUCAAGAAGGAAAGGAAGCACGUAGUCCUCGCGAAACUUUUCGUUUAGCAGCUCAGUUUGAAGAAAUUAUCACUCAUAUUCUUAACCUUUUACCAAAAUUUAUUAAUUACCAAAUUUUACAAAAAAUAUUGAGUAAAUAUCCCUAUCAUUUUUAUGCUUAUGGUUCCCGGGUAAAAGGAACUGCCCGAAAGUUUUCUGAUUUAGAUAUUUGCUAUCAUGAAGAUAUUCCCGAUGAAAUUAUUUGCCAAGUUAAAGGAGAACUCGAAGAAAUAAGGGAGAAUGAUGAAUUAAGUCUUAAAAACAAUCAAUUUACUUUAAUUGAUAAAAAAGAACAAGUUAAAUUACAAUUUUCGCUGGAUGAUAUUAACUGUAUAAUUCUCGAAAACAGUCAUUCUCGCCUAACUAGUCAUUUGCUAAGUAAGUUAGCCGAAAAUAAUAUCUCUUUAAUAGUUACUAACGAAAAAUAUGACCCAACUGGUCUACUUAUCAGUUUAAAUCAGCAUUUUUCUCCUCUGAGUGUUUUUCAAAAUGGAGAUAAAACUAAUCGAGAGGGAGUGGUGGCUAAAUAUUUCUUCCAAAAAUUAUAUGGUAAGGAUUUUGUUCGUUUUAGCGAUGACAACAUUAACGGAGCAUUAAAUUAUGGCUAUAAAAUUUUAACCAGUGCUAUUUCAAGAACAUUAACUAGUUAUGGUUUAAAUAACCAUUUAGGAAUAAAACAUUUGCUUACUAAUUUUGCUAAGUUAGAAAAGGAAAGUAAAUUAUCUUCGCAAGUUAGGGAAGGAAUAGCAAAAAUCAUAUAUUAUCCGGUUAAAAUAAACAAGAUAAAGACAAAAGUUUAUGUAGCGAUUGACAUUAUGAUUAAAUCAUUUAUUUCUUGCUUAAAAGAAAAUAGCACUAGUAAAAUCAGACUUCCCACUUUAAUUGUUCAAGGGUUCGAAAAUGAGGAAGAAGGAUAG